AUGUGGAUUAUAAUUCUUUUUUCACUGAUUUGUUUGAUUCAACAUGUUUAUACCAAUCAAAUAGUUACUGUUCAAACAUCAUAUGGUACUGUACAAGGAUAUGAAACAGAUUUAUGUCGUGUAUUCUAUGGUAUUCCAUAUGCUCAACCACCUGUUGGUUUAUUGAGAUGGAGUGAACCAGUAGCUAUUGGUAGUUGGGCUUCAUCAACAAUUGAUGGAACACAAAUUCCACCUGCCUGUCCACAAUCUGCAUGUGAUGCUAACGAUAUACUUUGUCCUAAAAGUAUGUCAGAAGAUUGUCUUUAUAUGAAUAUCUUCACUCCAUUAAACAGUGUUUCGUCAAAUCUUCCUGUGAUGAUUUUUAUUCAUGGUGGUAAUUUUCAAUAUAGUAGUGCAUCAAUAGCGCCUUAUAAUGCAGAUCGUUUUGUCAAUACAACUAAUGUUAUUAGUGUAUUUAUUCAAUAUCGAUUGGGUAUACUUGGUUUUCUUGCAAAAAACACUAGUUCUAAUGAUCUCAAAGGCAAUUAUGGUUUAUUAGAUCAGCAAAUGGCAAUUGCCUGGGUCAAAUCAAAUAUUAAUACGUUUGGAGGAGAUCCAAAUAAAAUCACAUUGUUUGGUCAAAGUGCAGGAGCUCAAUCGACAGCAAUACAUUAUUUAAGACCAGAAAUGCAACAAUAUUUUCAAGCUGCUAUCAUUCAAAGUUGUCCUGUAACAAUUCCAUUCAGAACGUACAACCAAUACUUAAUUCCUAAUAUUCUCCUUGCUCAACAGCUCAAUUGUAUAUUUGGUGAUAUAUCAUGUCUUCGUGCAUGUUCAUAUCAAUCUAUUAUUGCAGCUCAAAAUGUAAUUAAUAGUCAAAUAACAUCAUUACAAUCUCUACAAUAUUUUGAACCAUGGACUCCUGUCAUUGACAAUAACAUAGUACGGGGACAAAUCUUUAAUAUGUUUUCUAAUAUAUUUGUUCAAGCUAAACCAUUGAUCAUUGGUACAAUGACUGAAGAAGCCUUAAGUUAUGUUUAUAGUGCAUUUCCUAACUCAGUGUCACCCUUGGGUUAUAUUGCAGCCGGUACACUAUUAUUUGGUAGUAAGUUUGUCAUAAUUGCAUUAAAAUAUCCACCACAAGGAUUAGGUGAUCAACGUCCACUCUUAGCUAAACUUGUCACACAAUGGGUAUUUGCAUGUCCAACACGUUUUAUUGCUCGUAAAGUAAAUGCCUUUACAUACGCAUUUGGCUAUCCACUUCAUACUAAUGGUUUGAUAAAUGCAGGAGCUUGUGAAGCUCAUGCAUGUCAUGGUUUUGAUUUGGCUUUCUUAUUUGAAGCAUUUUGGCUUAAUUCUACUGCUAAUGAUCAAUAUAUAUCUCAAACAAUGGCUAAUUAUUGGACAAAUUAUGCCAAAACUAAAAAUCCAAAUAAUCCAGUAUUAGUUCCGGUGACUUGGACACAACUCGGUGCUAAUCCUGAGAAAUAUUUGUACUUUCAAAAUCCAGUCCAAAUUAUAACAAAUUAUUUGAAGAGUGAUUGUGACUUUUGGGACACAAUUGGUUAUUCUAAUACAUUGGUUUGA